AGCCAUGGCAACACACAGCUGCUGCCUGCGUGAGAUAGAUAAAUAUUGUUUCUUACGGGUUCAGAGCAACUUUUCAAAUGUUAUAUAGGCAGCGACCGUCGUUGCCAUUCGGGGGAGGCGGCCUGCUUCGCGGAAGCCGAACAAGAUCGUAUGGCAGCUUAACUCGCUCUUCGCUUUCUCCGGUUCGCCAGAAACUCAUUGAACACACAGUUAAACCAGGGGAGACACUUCAGGGUCUGGCUUUAAAGUAUGGCGUGACUGUCGAGCUAAUCAAAAGAGCAAACAGACUGUAUACCAACGACUCAAUAUACCUGAAGAAAUCCUUGUCAAUCCCAGUCCUAUCAGACUUGAAUGACCACAGCAAUGGGGUAGAUUCGUCUGAGGAAGACCAUAAAGAAGGAAAGGCAAACUGUGAUACAGAGGAUUAUAGAGAACCUGCAUCAGACCUUACUCCUGGAGAUUUUUUGAAAAGACUGGAUAACUCGAUCAGCCAGUCUAAGGAGGCUGCAGCCAGAGGAUGCAAAGAUGCAGAGAAACGUGUUGCAGCCCUAGAAGCCGCUUGCUCAAGCACAACUUCAGACUGGCGUCCGUUAACAAGGUCACAGAGUGUUAUUUCAUCAUCAAGAUUUCAGCAGCAAGCCCAACUUGUGGCAGUCCCCCUCACUACCACUAAGCUCACCAAGAAGCUGAAAGAAAGGGAAGAUGAGAUCUUUGAACUGUGACAUAAUUUUCUUUAAUGUCUUUCUGAUGAUUAAAAAACACUAGAGACACAUAGUGAAGGGACUAGACUGCAGGUCAAGACAUUAAAGAAAGGUGAAAGAUCUCUACUAAUAGUGCUGCUUUGUAAAAUUUGAAAACCCUUUUACUUAGUCAUUAACUAAAAUUUGUUGUAGAAAUGUUGUAAAAAUUGCACAUAUUUAUUUGUGGGAAACUGCAGUUUGUAUGAAAAGUAUUUUUGUCUGUAUCUGUUUGGCUUGUUCCUACAGAGAAUAGGGACAUGAGGAUUUUGUCACAUGAUGGUUCAGUCAUAUGUCUGCAUAUGGAAACGUAGCAUUUCCCACUCCUUAUCAUUUACCCAGGGAAUGCAAAUACUCAUUCACUGUAGCAAUAAGAGCACAAACAGGUUGACAUUGUAUGUUGGUAACACAAAAAAAGAGACAAAACACAGAAAUAUGUUUUUAGGCUAUUUUUAACAGCGUCUUUUAUUAUUUGCUAGGACUUUGUUUUUCAUUUUGUUAUUUUAUGUGAUUCAAUGUUUAAUAAACUAAUAUUUAAUCCUGCAUUACUGGAACAUUUACAGUUUUGGUGCUUCUGUGAAAUUUUACCUAUUACAAAAAUGAAAAACUUCACAUAGCCAGAAGAGACAGUUCCUUACAAAAGUAUGAAUACAUCUUGAACUUUUUUCACUUUUUAUCAUGUUUCAAAUGCAAACUUAUUUUUUUUAUCAUGAUUUUAGGUUAUAGGCCAACACAAAGUAGUUCACAAGCUUUCAAUAAGAAUUUGACAAUAAAGCAAUAUCACAGGGUUUGCAUAUCUCACUGGCCACUCUUCAAUAUAUCAAUUAAUACCAUUAAUACCACAAAGGCAAACCUACAGAGAUGUUGCAAUACCCCUUAAUUGACCAUCUGGUUCAGGCGAGCAUGCAUGUGUGGCAGUAUCAUUCUGAGGGGAUGUUUUUCUCUGACAUAAAUCGGAGUUGAUGGGAAGCAGGAUCUAGCUGUGGAAGGAAAAAAAAAAAUUCUCCAGCAAAGAAAUGUUUAUAAAAAGUAUUGAGUCAGGGGUCCUGCAUACAAAUAUAUGGCAUACUUUUCAUUUUUUGAAACAUUUUGAAAGCAAAUCAUUCACUUAGUCACUGAGUACAACUUUGUGUGUAUCUAUAACCAAAGACUUCAUGACAAGAUUGUUGUAACAUUAUGAUAGGUGAAAAAUGUCAGUAGGGGUGAAUACUUUCCCAUUGUCAAUUUUCCAGUUUUAUCAAAUGUUGUUUGUAUAGUCAAUGGCAGCAAUACAAAUAACUGUUCCUGUAAUUGUUAUGAGGUUAUUUCCCUUUUUUACUUGUAUGUCCAUUUCCAUAUUUCAGUAAGCAGUGCACUGUUGCUGUAGAAUCACAGGUUAACCACCAGAUGGCGGUGUUGCAGCACAGUGGCAUCUCCAUCCAUUUUUGUAGGACUCUUCAACUGCUGUUUCAUUUUUCUUACACAAUUGUACACAGCCCUUAGGUCUCAGUAAAAAAAAAAAAAAAA